GCUCCGCCUCACGUCCAUUUCAGCGUCUAAUAGAGAAACAAGAACCUCCAAACGUUUGACGUCAAGACCGUUACAGCUUUAUCGAAACAAUUGAGGCUGCUUCCACACUCAUGGAGAAGAUAUUGAAUUGUAAAAUAGGAGAACUGGAAGAUUAUUACGGCUUGCUCGGGUGCGACGAGUCGUCAACGACUGAACAAAUUAUGGUGGAGUAUAAAAUAAGAGCUCUGUCUUGCCACCCUGACAAACAUCCAGAAAAUCCUAAAGCAGUACAAGACUUUCAAAUGUUGCAACAGGCAAAAGAAAUUCUCACAGAUGAGACCAAAAGGAGACAAUAUGAUUACUGGUUGAGAAGUAGCAUCACAGUACCUUUCAGUGAAUGGCAGGCCUUGACUGACUCAGUUAAAAUUUCAAUGCACUGGGCCCUUAAAAGCAAAAAGGAGCCGAUGCUUAAAGCAUCAGAAGACACACCUGAAUUCCAUGCUUGUCAGUUGGAAACUCAAGUGCCAAUAGAGGGGAUACCGACUGAUGAAAAUUCUUUUUCAAGUGGUUACUGGCAUCACAAAUUUCACUGUACAGAUGAUCCUCCUUCAGGCCUCUUGAAAAGGUUUAGAAAUUACCAAUUAUAAUAAUAAAUUAUAAUGAGUUUAUCCUGCAGAUAGUUUUUCUUGUUGUUAUGUAAUUACCUAAUCCCAUACAGUAUGUGUUAUUUUAUAGUUUUGAAAUCCCCAGUAUUGUUGUAGAAUGUAGAAAAUAAAUCACUAAACAAACAAAAAAAAA